AUCUUCUUGAUGUGUGAAGGUAUCGGAAUAUUGUUUUAUAGACGAAUAAAAGGGUUUUUCAAAGUUGUGGACUGUGGGUGGUGGACUGGUCCAUGGGUUUAACCUAUGACCUUUGGACUUUCUUCGCGAAAUAAACAGCAAUGUAACUCUAGCGCUUUUUGGCAUGAAAGACGUAUUAAAGCUGCGAUUUCAUAGUUAAUGUCAUACCGUCCAUAGAGGUGAGUUCUGUAGUUAACUUUCCACUUGUAGUCGUACUCAUUUCUUCAGAAACUGCCCUCACAGUCUUUGAAACGUUGGUACUGGUAGGACUGGCUGUCACAUGGCAGAACCAACUUUUUGGCACGCGCACAAUCUUUUAUUUAUUUAAUAUACCGGGUUUGCUUGAACAUUAGGAAAGGCGAAGAUUGUUGUAUUUGGUCCACACAAGUCCGUGAAAGAUAAGACUACUUUGCUGUGCCUGCUUUGUCCUUAACUUUUUUUCGUUGACUGUAUAAAUAAUAUCUAUUAAAGCGCAUUCGCCAACGCCCCCCUCCCACCCCUUAGUAACACCUGUAAUUUUUAGUAGAAGCCAAAGGAGAUGGACCCGAAGAAAGGGACGACGUACAGUCUGAGCGAAGACAAGAAGACGGUGACUUUUGACUACAGCUUCAACCCCUGGGACUACAACAGAGCAGGUCAGAUCUCUAUCUGGACUAUAGCUGACAGGGCCGCCUGGCUGUUAUUCCUGGGGGAAUCCGCUCUAGAGCCAAGAUUUUUAAAUGUAAGACUUUUUACUCGCUGCCAGGAGUGGGAACUCAGCCCUUCCUUCUACAGUCUCGUCAAGCCAGGCACCAGCCUGCAAGCCUCAUCAAGGAUGCUUCAUGUGGGUAAAACCUCCAUGACAAGGGGAGGGGAAAUCGUUGACAGUUCCACCAAUGAGAUCUUGGUUAAGGGGAUCGUUCAAGACGUCCACGUCAGCAUGGAGACGCGAAGACCUAAGCCUUUCCCUGAUUGGAUAAAGGAAAAGUACUCGUAUCUGUUAUCAGAGCCGCGUCCGAAAACGGUUGAAAGAUUUGAGGACCCCAAUGAUACCACUAAGAUGUUUAUUUACAGAGUUACCGUGCCACCUAGCGACAUUGAUGACAAUAACCACACUAACCAAAAGCAAUACAUUCGGUACUGCUUCAAUUGUGCCGCUGUGGGCGCAAAACAGGGGGCGUACCCGACAGUAAGGGGGGAUCUGUUCAAACAGGGGGUACGGAAAGUCUCUGUGCUGUACCAGAAGGAAUCGCUAGAGGGUGAUGUCCUGACUGUGGAGUCCUGGGAAGAAAGUCCUGGUACUUUAAGGUUCCAGGUGAGAAAAGGGAGUGAGAAGUUGGUUCAGGUCACGAUGCAGUUUUUUGUAGCUUCAGGUUCUGAAACUGACAAGUCUAAACUGUAG